AUGUACCACUACAUGGUUACCAAUUUCGGAGAUUAUCAGGCCCUUGUCCCGAACGUGUGGAGUAUAUUAAUUCAGGUCGUGAUAGGGCACUUGCUGAGCAGCUGUGUCCAAUUCUUUUUCGCAUACCGAGUCUACCGCUUGAGCAGGAAGCGCCUUGCACUUCCGGUGAUUGUUGUAGGUUCCUCCCCAAGAUGUUUCUGCACGGACAAAGCCAUUAGUAUUAUGAUUUUUCUAGUGUAUCCUGAGCUUGGGACAAUUGUCUUGCGCGACGGGUUUCGUAGUCACCGCUUUUCGCAUGACAGCAUUCGCCGAAUCUGGUGCAGAUAUAGCUCCCCGUGGACUACUGCUUCGAUCUCCUCAGAGAUUGCCUGCGAUGCGUUGAUCACUGGUCUAAUGAUUUACUACCUUCGUAGAGGGCGCACGCAUUUCGGAAGAACGAACAGAGCAAUUGACUUGCUAAUUGCAUAUGCAUUGAAUACUUCUCUCCUCACAACGAUGUUCGCUAUCGCUACUCUGAUCACGUUUGUCACUAUGGACAAGACCCUGGUAUAUACACCGUUCUUCAUGAUAUUGGUUCGACUUUACUCUUGUUCGUUUAUGUCAACGUUCGUAAUAAAAAAUCAUCUCCGCUGGUCAUAG